AUGGAUCCUAAAGAGGUCGUAGAACAUUUGGUCGCUUUGAAAGUCAUGAGGUUGACAAAACCGGCCUUAGUGAGUCCAAAAAUUGUUACCUGUGAUUCUAAAGACUUACCAGGUAAUAUAUUAAACAAUUAUUUGAAGGACGAUGCUACUUCAGUAACUCAAAUGGAAACUCUUGCUGCUGGUCAGUUUUUAUUACUGCCACAAAGUUUCGGUAACAUUUAUUUGGGAGAAACAUUCUCUUGUUAUGUUUGUGUACACAAUGAAACCAAUCAACCUGUGCAAAGUGUGUCUAUCAAAGCUGACCUGCAGACCAAUUCUCAAAGAAUCUUACUAACAACACAACAAAACCUCGCUCCUACUAUGUUGGAUGUGGAUGAAACGUUAAGUGAUGUUAUUCAUCAUGAAGUUAAAGACCUAGGCACUCAUAUUCUAGUGUGUGAAGUAACCUACAUGUCUAACUAUAACACACUGGCUUCAUUCAGAAAGUUUUUCAAAUUUGAAGUUAUGAAACCCUUAGAUGUAAAGACAAAGUUCUACAAUGCCGAAUCAGAUGAUGUUUAUCUGGAAGCUCAGGUACAGAAUAUUACCUCUGGACCAAUCAUAUUAGAACAAGUUUCACUAGAAAGCUCUCAGCAAUUUAAUGUAAAAUCAUUGAAUGAAAUUGAUGAAAGCAUUUCUGUAUUUGGAGAUGUUACAUUACUUCAACCUCAAGAAAGUUGUCAAUACCUGUAUUGUUUGUCACCCAGAGAAAAUAUUUCAAAAGAAAUAAAGUUACUAGCUGCUGCUAAAAAUAUUGGUAAAUUAGAUAUAGUGUGGAGGUCUAAUUUGGGUGAAAAGGGACGUUUACAAACUAGUCAGUUACAAAGGAUGACACCUGAUUAUGGAGAAAUACGAGUUACUUUUGAACGGCUGCCAAACAAGUUAUUUGUUGAGGAGCCUUUUGAUUUCCAAUGUAAAAUAGUUAAUGCAAGCGAAAGAACCUUAGAUUUAAUUUUAAAAUUACGCUCUCUUCAAGAUUCUAGUCUACUUUGGUGCGGUACUUCAAAUAAGAAAUUGGGUCCACUGGAACCUGGCAAAUCUUUUUGUGUCAACUUAACAGCUUUACCUAUUAAUACAGGUUUAUGUAAUAUAUCAGGAGUAUCAUUACUAGACUUAUUUUUAAAACGAACUUAUGAUUAUGACGAUGUAGCUUCUAUUUAUGUCCAUUAA